UGAAUUAUUUAAUAAAUCAUUCAGUGAAUUAGAUAAUAAACAACCUACUUCAACAACUUUAAAUACCAUGGCAUAUUUUCCAUAUGACAGACAAAAUUUUACUGAAAUAGAACUAUUUCAACAAAAUAAUCUUUGUAAUAUUGAUUCAACAGCGGAUUAUAUGCUAUAG